GGUGAGGAGGACGUUACGUCAACGGCUCGAGUCACACCCCUUCCCCGUGACGACACGUUCAGGGAGUGGCUUAUUGAAAGAGAAACAACCUCAAGCAGUACUUCUUUUAACGCAGCGACAAGUGGUCCUCUCUCUUUCUGGAAUGUCGUUGGUGCUAGAGAUCCUGGGGCCCGUCAUUCUACUUCGUUUACUGCUGUAAACCAAAUCAGCAGUCAUGGUGCUGCACUUGUCUCCUUUCCCUAAUGGAUGUGUAGCUGGCCUCCAUGCAGUCGGCUGGGCUUUAAUACUCCCCUGCUUCUGGUUCCUGGACCGCCUCAUUGCUGUGUGCAAGUCCACUACCCUGGAGAGAGUCCAGAGACAGGAGCGAGAAUGCUACCUCCACCCCCUCCAAGUCUUCUUUGGCUCAAUUAUCUUUUUUAUCCUCUUUCUUGUCACGUCUCCAGUAGCCUUGCUUGGGUUUCUUUUAUGGGCGCCACUCCAAGCCUACCGCAGACCUUUCUCCUACCACAUAGAGACACAAAUCCCAUUGGAGCAGGAGGCCAGACACAUCUUUGAGGAGGGCAAGGCCACGUUUGGCUUCGCCACAGCCAACCUGUGCCUGCUGCCCGACAGCCUUGCUCGCUUCAACAACCUGGGACACACCCAGCGCCGGGCUACCACCAUCGGCAGAUGUGUUGCUCAGGGGGUGAGUCGACCCCAUAUCCGCAUAUUUAUUGACUCCCCCAGCAGCUGUGGCAAUCUGAGCGCAUCCAGCAGCCUCUUCCACACCUCAAACUCUCCUAGCUAUGGUGCCAUUGACAAGCAGAGCAAGCCUGCUGUAGAGGGAGAGGUUCCACAAGCCAACCCUAACAGCCGUUUGGUUCACAUACCCUGUGACGAUACGGAAAAGCAGGACACGGAAACGGCGCCACCCACUGCCACCACCAUCAACACAAACCAGAACUCCAACCAGCAGGGUGAGGCUGGCGAGCGAAGCGCCCCCAGGGUCUUGCGCUCUGAGGAUCCUGGCGAACGGGACGGAGUACCGUUGGAGGUCUCGUCGCUGUUUCCUGCCAAUGUGGACAUCCUGUGUCUGGAGGAAGUGUUCGACAAGCGGGCAGCAAGAAAGCUGAAAGACGCCCUGGGACCCGUGCUGGGUCACAUCCUGUACGACGUCGGGGUGUACGCCUGGCAGACGCCCUGCUGCUCCUCAUUCAAGUUCUUCAACAGCGGCCUAUUCCUGGCCAGCAGGUUCCCUGUCCUGGAGGCCCAGUACUACUGCUUCCCCAACAGCCGUGGGGAGGACGCCCUGGCUGCCAAGGGCCUGCUCUGUGCCAAGGUGCUAAUCGGACAGAAUCACAAACAGGAGAAGGUGGUUGGCUAUUUUAACUGCACACAUCUUCAUGCACCAGAGGGCGAAGGGGAGAUUCGCUGUGAGCAGCUGACUAUGGUCACAGUGUGGAUUAACGAGUUUCAAACCUCCCACAGAAGGCCAGACGAAGUGGUUGUUUUUGAUGUGCUUUGCGGAGAUUUCAACUUUGAUAACUGCUCACCUGAUGACCUUCGGGAGCAGAAUCAUAAUAUAUUUGAGGAGUACAUUGACCCUUGCAGGGCCGGACCGGGGAAAGAGAAGCCCUGGGUGAUCGGCACUCUCAUGGAACAGCCAACUAUGUAUGAAGAGGACGUCAUCACCCCAGAUAAUCUACAGAGAACCUUGGAGACGGAGGAGCUAAGGAGGCAGUACAUCUCGCCACCCGUGCCAGUGGUUGGCGUCCCUCUGGUUUACCCCCUGCCUGAUGAGCCUUGGGUGGGCCGUCGGAUCGACUACAUCCUGUACCGCCAGAACUCUCUUCCAAAACAUUACAAAACGGAAAUAGAAGAGUUUACUUACAUCACCCAGCUGGCUGGUUUGACGGACCACAUCCCAGUUGGCCUGAGACUGAGAGUGUCCGACUGGUCAGCUGAGGACUGACCACAUCCAAGGAACUACAAUGUGUGACAGAAGGCACUUUUGGACCGGAUGAACUUUUUCAUAGAAUCGCUGGAGAAACUAGCUAAUCAUUUUUUUUGUCUGCAUAAUAGGAACUGGGAACCAUUUUAGUUAUAAGAAUUUUCCUUUGAGGGACUUUUCUGGCGCCUACUUCAGGGUCAGUUGAAGUGUUUCCAACUUUCCAACUCGAUUUUUUACAUCUACGACACACAAGGACCCACUCCAUUCCGGCUGACCUCAGCUGUUUGUUUAAGUUUUGUCGUGCCGCAGGCAGAAAUUAGUUUGAUAAACUAUCCUACUUCUCUUCUGUGUUCCUAUUGGCAGUGUGAAUGCAAGCAGAAAAAAGCCCUUGAGAUAUGUCGUUUUCAGCUCCCCAGUGGUUAUUUUCCUCUCAGCGAGUCCAAAGAAAUGGGUCUGAAAGUGCCUAGAAAAUGCAGAAUUAAUUUUUUGUUUACAAAUCACUCCCCCUUGUAGUCUGAAAUGUAAAGGUUUUAGCCAUACAAUGAAGAAAAAAAAAUCUAAUUUGAGAUUUGUUAUUGUCACGUGUGCAAUAUAUACAGUUAUCUCAUAUGCAGUUGUAUAUUUUGAGUUUGUCGCAAUCAACGACAACAAAGUGUGUGUGUGUGUGUGUGUGUGUGUGUGUGUGUGUGUGUGUGUGUGUGUGUGUGUGUGUGUGUGUGUGUGUGUGUGUGUGUGUGUGUGUGUGUGUGUGUGUGUGUGUGAGGGAAUUACAGCUUUGUGGCGGUUGCAUUUCUUCUUUAGAUGAGUGCAUGUAAGCUAUGGUAAGAGUGGAAGCUCCAUGGGUAACCUAGAGUCCCACAGCAAACCUCCAGCGAUUAUUCAACGCAGAAUAGUUGACCCUUUAUGAGAGCUUAUUUCAAUCAUAUUUUUUUUCCAGCAUUUUAGUCUAUGCAAGGUGAUCUAUUCCUUUGACUUGUAAUUGCAGAAGUAUAAUUUGUGCUGCAUGUUGAAAUUGUCAUAAUUCCAGCCUUUUUUAAGAGAUGUGGCCUGGAUAUCUUAUUUGUGUGUUUUCUAACAUCUACAGGGUGUAGAUGUUAGAAACAUGAAACACAUGAAACAGCAUAGUGUUUCAUGUUUUACAACACUAUGCUGUUUGAGUGUCGUAAAACAUGAUAUUUUUAUAUUAUUUUGUAAAUUCCAGUAAUAUGAAUUGAAAUUAAUAAAAAAAAAUACGCCUACA